AUGGAGCUUUGUAACUGCAUCGAGCCACCAUGGCCGGCCGACGAGCUUCUAAUGAAGUACCAAUACAUCUCCGAUUUCUUCAUAGCACUCGCAUACUUCUCGAUCCCACUCGAACUAAUCUACUUUGUAAAAAAAUCCGCCGUUUUCCCUUACCGUUGGGUCCUCGUCCAGUUUGGCGCCUUCAUCGUCCUCUGUGGCGCCACCCACCUUAUCAACCUCUGGACCUUCACAAUGCACACGCGUACAGUGGCCCUCGUCAUGACAACAGCCAAGAUCCUGACAGCUGUCGUCUCGUGCGCGACCGCCCUCUUGCUCGUCCACAUAAUCCCCGAUUUACUCAGCGUAAAAACUCGAGAGCUCUUUUUAAAAAACAAAGCUGCUGAGCUGGACCGUGAAAUGGGCCUUAUCCGGACCCAAGAGGAAACGGGCCGUCACGUUCGAAUGCUGACUCACGAGAUUCGAAGCACUCUCGACAGACAUACUAUUUUAAAAACAACGCUUGUCGAGCUCGGGAGGACUUUGGGCCUUGAAGAGUGUGCUCUGUGGAUGCCAACUCGUGCUGGGCUGGAGCUCCAGCUGUCGUAUACGCUUCGUCAUCAGAAUCCGGUUGGAUUUACGGUGCCUAUACAGCUGCCGGUUGUUAACCAGGUUUUUAAUACGAGUCGUGCUGUGGAGAUUUCGCCGAGUUCGCCUGUGGCUAGGCUGAGGCCUGUUGUUGGGAAGUAUAUGCCUGGGGAGGUUGUGGCAGUGCGGGUCCCACUGCUUCAUCUUUCGAAUUUUCAGAUUCAUGAUUGGCCUGAGCUAUCGACUAAGAGGUAUGCGUUGAUGGUGCUUAUGCUGCCGUCGGAUAGUGCGAGGAAGUGGCACGUGCAUGAGCUCGAGCUUGUUGAGGUGGUGGCAGACCAGGUUGCGGUUGCACUUUCGCAUGCUGCGAUUCUUGAGGAGUCAAUGAGGGCUCGGGACCUCCUAAUGGAGCAGAAUGUGGCCCUUGACUUGGCAAGGCGGGAGGCAGAGACAGCUGUGCGGGCCCGCAAUGAUUUCUUGGCUGUGAUGAAUCAUGAAAUGCGGACCCCAAUGCACGCAAUAAUUGCCCUUUCGUCCUUGCUGCAGGAGACUGAGCUCAUGCCCGAGCAACGUCUCAUGGUCGAGACAAUCCUCAAGAGCAGCAAUCUUUUGGCCACCCUUAUUAAUGAUGUUUUAGAUCUCUCGAGGCUUGAGGAUGGUAGUCUUCAGCUCGAGAUUGCAACUUUUGGCCUUCAUUCGCUCUUUAGGGAGAGUGAGGGUCUCGGCAGGGGUACCAUUGCAAUAUUUAUUGUCAAACUUGGGUUUCCUGGACGCUCAAAUGAAUCCAAGUUGUCCAUUGUGCCCAAAUUUCCUGCAAAUCGGGCCAAACUGAAUUUCUCGGGCCUCAAAGUUGUUGUGAUGGACGACAACAGUGUGGGCCGUAUGGUGACAAAGGGCCUUUUGGUCCACCUAGGAUGUGACGUGUUGGCCGUUGGAUCUGCAGAUGAGUGCAUCCGUGCCGUCAAUCAAGAACAUAAAAUCUUGUUCUUUGACAUUAACAUACCCGGGAUUGAUACUUUUGAGGUGGCAGUGAAAAUUCACGAGAAAUUCGCGAAAUGGGCCGAAAGGCCCAUGAUUGUGGCCCUAACAGGGAACACUGAUAAAGUAACAAAAGACAACUGCAUUAGAGUCGGCAUGAAAGGUGUUGUGCUAAAGCCCGUUUCUUUGGAUAAAAUGAGAAGCGUACUUUCUGAUCUCUUGGAGCACGGCUACCUGCCUGAAUCUCAUUAAAUGCUUAUUUUGUAAGGAAAAAGAAAAUCGAUUAUUUAUACGGCCCAGAUGAAAUUGUCGAUCGUUGGGGAUUUUGAUGAAGGUGUGAAGAUUAUGGUGAAUUUUAGCUCUCUGGAGAAUCAAUAUAUAUAGAAGUUGGUAAAAUGUGUGUGCUUCAUGUGCAUGCACAAGAAGGUGAGCUUAUUUUUUUUAACUCUGAUUGACUGUAAAAUCCUGUGCAUACACUUUAGAUAUAGAGAAAUGAGAAUUGUGUGUUAGAAAAGUAUUGCAAGUAUACAGAGGGAAAAGAGAUUUAGGCUUGUGCUUUUUUGAACUGAAAUUGUGUUCAAUAUUUUUAUUUUUUUUUUUAUU